AUGUAUUCUUAUGUUUCAGAAAAGAUAAUUACAAACGAGGAGGUGGAAGGUGUACCUGUAUUAAUGUUGGCAAAUAAGCAAGACCUGCCGAAUUCUCUUAAAGUCGAAGAAAUUAAAGAAAUUUUUAACAAGAUAGCGAUGAAAUUGGGCGCUAGAGACUCAAGGGUAUUAUCAAUAUCCGCACUAGAAGGGGAUGGGGUACGUGAAGCGGUAGAAUGGCUUUUUGUAAGAAUACUGCGUAAUAAACAAAAUAGACCACCCAUACUUAAAUGA